GAGGAAACCGUGGAGCGCCCCAUAAUUAAGCAUGAAGAGCACUUUUUUGAGACUCGAGAUACAGUAGAGAAACGUUUCCCAUGUUUGAGAUGUGGAGAAAGAUUUCUACAAAAAGAAUAUUUAAAGGUUCACAUGAGAACUCACACAGGUCGGAAGAUUUACGAAUGUCAGUCUUGUGGAAAAAGCUUCAAAUAUAAAGUUGUUAUUAAUAGACACAUGAGAAUUCACACCGGUGAGAAGCCUUUCAAAUGUGAGUUCUGUGGAAAAAGCUUUACUGAAAAAUGCACUCUUGAUCAACACAUAAGAAUUCACACAGGUGAGAAGCCGUUCAAAUGUGCCUUCUGUGGAAAAGGUUUUACUCAGACAUCUGUUCUUAAUACACACACUAGAAUUCACACGGGUGAGAAACCGUUUCCCUGUAGUUUUUGUAACAAAAAUUUUAGGAGAAAAAGUAACUUGACUGCUCACAUGAGAAUUCACACGGGUGAGAAGCCUUUCAAAUGUGAGUCCUGUGGAAAAAGCUUUGCCGAAAAAGGCACUCUUGAUAGACACAUCAGAGUUCACACAGGCGAGAAGCCUUUCAGAUGCGAGUCCUGUGGAAAAAGCUUUUUUCGGACAUCUGAGCUUAAUAAGCACGCCAAAAUUCACACGGGUGAGAAGCCGUUCAAAUGUGACUUCUGUGGAAAAAGCUUUGCUCAUAGAUUUGAUCUUUCUAACCACACCAGAACUCACACGGGUGACAAGCCAUUCUCCUGUAGUCUUUGUGGCAAAGAUUUUAUUAGAAAAUCUAGCUUGACUUCUCACAUGAGAAAUCACACAGGUGAGAAGCCUUUCAAAUGUGAGUACUGUGGAAAAGGCUUUACCUUAAAAGGCUCUCUUGACAAUCACAUCAGAAUUCAUACAGGCGAGAAGCGGUACUUCUGUACCCUUUGUGGCAAAAGUUUUUGUCAACAGGCUAGUAUGACUUACCACAUGUCUACUCAUGUGCAAAAUGUUUGCCAUCCAUGAAACGGAUCUUACAAGAGGUCACAUCAGUUAGAUGCCACAGAAAUGAACAGGAGAGACGUUUUCCAUGUUUUAUCCGUGAUAAAAUGUCCAUCUGGAAACUGGAUCAAUCAAUGGAUAAAGAUGGGAAGUGUUUCUUUGCACUAGAAUGGAUCAUUUGGAAUGAGGUUCAGAUAUUGGAGAAAGAGAUUUUACAUUUUUUUCCAUUAAAGGUGCAGUAGCAGAUCCUGGAAAAAUGGUUCCAGCAAGCUUUUAAUUUUGAACAUACUCAACCAUGCCUCUCCCUUCAGACCUCGAAGCCACGUCUUCAAAACACCUGAAUGCUGUCCGUCGAGGUGUUCAGAUGAGAUCGAGAAUGAAACAAGCUGUGACACGAGCUGACAACAUAAUGCUACGUUCACACCUAAAGCAGUAGAGGCAGCAAAAUCAGCUAGUUUACAUGCAAAGUCAAUGGUUGACGCGCAUCACACGCAAAAGGUCCUGCAGGGCUUCUGAGCAGCAGGAGCAGUGCGUCUCUGAUC